AUGGCAAAGAGAUUCUUAUCUUCACCAAGAGACAAAAUAAAUUACAAGUUUCGAGAAGCUUCUUCUGAACUACUCAGUGAUUUUCUAAUUAAUCUAAACAAAAGAAACAAAGACAACAUUAAAAGUUUAGGAAAAUGUAGCGGAACUUUCAAGGAGAAGAAACUAAUGGAACACAUCUUCCUGAUAACUAAAGACAUGAGACUUGAUCCACUGGCUGGAUACCAUGCCGUUGAGCUACUUCAAAGGUUCAUGGUUAAGCACCUGACGGAUUUGUUCACCACACCCACACCUCAAGGUGCGACUGCAGAGCCACCAAGAAGUUAUGAGGCUGCUGUGUUUGACAAGCUCAAGGAGAAAUUCCCUCUCAUCAUCUUCUCCUGUGUGCAACUAGCGAGCAAAAUGUCUUUGCACAGUCGUAUGAUCGACACCGGCGCUGCUGUACGUUUUCUGCAUUCAGUUGGCCUCAGUGUUUCUAAGAAGGCUGUCCUGGAUUCAGAGCUAAUGGUCUUGAAAGGGCUUGAAUUCAGACUUAAUGCCCCUAACCCACUGACAUACGUGGAAAUCCUCCUGGAAGUGCUUGGACACAAUGAGUCGUCUACCCCUGUGGAUCGCCUGUAUCCCCUGUGCCACCAUGUUCUCCAGUUUGUCAGCCUACAGAGGACUGCCAUUUAUGAGUCCUUGUUAGGGACUACGGUUCAGUGGGAGAGCCCGACCACAGAACACAGGGAGAAGUUUGUGACGGUGAUUGAAGACUACAUGCUUCUUGGUGGUAGCGUCAUCGCCGUGGCUACAUUCAUCCUCUACGUCAGGAAAUACGAACAGGUGGUGAAGGAACUGAGUAACAUCACAGGAAUCUCACCAAAGAGCAUCAGAGAUUUUGCGGGGGUGACAUUGAUGCACAUUGUAGGAGCCAGUUCUCCUGUAACAUUCACUUGA